AUGGGAAUAACGGGACUAUGGAAAAUUGUGGAACCAACGAGUUGCGAGAUUCCGCUCGAAUGUUUGGAGGGCAAAAAGCUGGCGGUGGAUGUUUCGAUUUGGAUUUAUCAGGCUCAAAUGGCCUAUCCGGCCGAUUCACCGUAUCCACAUUUGAGAUUAUUGAUUAACAGACUGUGCAAGUUGCUGUUCUAUAAAAUUCGUCCGGUUUUCGUUUUUGAUGGGCCAAAUGUGCCGGAUUUGAAGAAACAGGUUUUGGUGAGUUCUUUUUUAAAGCUCCGAAUUUUGGCCUAAGCCUAGGCCUAAGAGAUUAGCUAAGCUCAUUCGGACUCAAAAAAUCCGGAAUUUUUAGGCUUCGGCUUACUCGGGCUCGAAAAAUUCGGAAAUUUUGAGCCUAAGAUUAUCUAGACGCAAAAAAAUCGGAAAUUUUGAGCCUAGGCUUAUCUGGACUCAAAAAAUCCGGACACUGAAGCCUAGGCUUAUCUAGACUCAAAAAAUCCGGAAUUUUUUAGCCUAAGCUUAUCUAGACUCGAAAAAUCUGGAAAUUUUGAGCCUAAGAUUAUCCAGACUCAAAAAAUCCCGAAUUUUUGAGCCUAGGCUUAUUCAGACUCGAAAAAUUCGGAAAUUUUGAGCCUAACAUUAUCCGGGCCCUAAAAAUCCCGGAUUCUCAAGCCCAGACUCAUUUAUACUCCCAAAAUCGGGAAUUUUUCGAGACUAGGCUCAUUCGGACUCAAAAAAUCCGGAAAUUUUGUGCCUAGGCUUAUCUGGAUUCGAAAAAUCUGGAAUUUUUAGGCUUCGGCUUACUCGGGCUCAAAAUUCAGGCUUUUUCGAGCAUAAGAUUAUCUAGACUCAAAAAAUCCCGAAUUUUUGAGGCUAGGCUCAUUCAGGCUCGAAAAAUCCGGAAAUUUUGAGACUAGGCUUAUCUAGACUCAAAAAAUCCCGAAUUUUUUGAGCCUAAGACUAUCUAGACUCGAAAAAUCCCGAAUUUUUGAGCCUAGGCUUAUCUAGACUCAAAAAAAUCCCGAAUUUUUGAGCCUAGGCUUAUCUAGACUCAAAAAAAUCCCGAAUUUUUGAGCCUAGGCUUAUCUAGACUCAAAAAAUCCCGAAUUUUUGAGCCUAGGCUUAUCUAGACUCUAGCUAAGCCUAAGAGAUUAGCUAAACCUAAGCCUAGGCCUAAGGGUUCAAUAAGCCCAAGCCUAAGGAACUAGACUAAGCCUAACCUAAUUCCAGGAUUCGCGGCGCGCGAAAAAACUCGCCGACGACUCGAUUCUUCAAAAUCCGAAAAAACUUCAACAUCUCAAACAAAUCGCCUCGGGUCAACUCGAUGAUCAACAAUUGGCCAAAAGUAUUGAGACUGUGAUAAGUCCGACGAAACGCGUUUUGCUGAAUGAUGUCUAUUCAAAAGAGGCAGCGUCAACGAGUAGUGUCGUUGUGAAUUUGGAGGAGAAGGAGCGUGUAGAUCAAAUUUAUGUGGAUUCCGGAUCGGAUUUUUCGGACGGCGAGGGACCGAUUGAUGAAAAAUCGCAUUAUGAUAAAAUUGUAGAGGAUUUAAAGGUGAGUUUAAUAUGAGCAAUGUAUUGAUUUUCCGGGCUAACAUGAGCAAUGUUGCUUGCAGAUUCCGGAAAAUGCGACAAGAAGACAGACAAUUGAUACAUUGGUUGAGAGGAGAGAAACUAUGCGAAAAAGUCGUCUGAAUCCGUCAAUGGUGAGGCCUGAAUAAGCCUAGCCUCGAAAAAUUCCGGAUUCUGAGAGUCUAGAUAAGCCUAGGCUCAAAAAAUUCCGGAUUUUGGAGCCCGAGUAAGCCGAAGCCUAAAAAUUCCGGAUUUUAUGAGCCCGGAUAAUCUUAGGCUAAAAAAUUCCGGAUUUUUUGAGUCUGGAUAAUCUUAGGCUAAAAAAUUUCGGGAUUUUUAGAGCCCGGAUGAGCCUAGGCUCAAAAUUUCCGGAUUUUUCGAAUCCAGAUAAGCCUGGGCUCAAAAUUUCCAGAUUCUGGGAGUCUAGAUAAGCCUGGGCUCGAGAAUCCGGGAAUUUUGAGCUCGUAGAAGCCAGGGUUCAAAAUUUUCAGAUUUUUUGAGCCCGGAUAAUCUUAGGCUCAAAAUUUCCGGAUUUUUCGAGCCCGAAGCCUACAGAUUCCGGCCAAAUGUCAAAUUUCCACAGAUUCCCACCGACUCUCAAGACUUUUCCAACUUUCAAAUGCAACGCGUGUUGCGUCGCGGUCGCCUCAACGCUCAAAUCGAUCAAAUCGCCAAAAAUCCGACGGGUCAAGGUGAAAACAGCAGCAAAAUCCACGUGUUGGGUCCCGAUGGAACUCAACACAUUUUGAAAUAUUCACACAGUGAUGAAGUUCAGCAGAUUUUUCCGGGCAGGAAAUUGGAGAGAGAUCUUGGCGAGAUUUUUUAAAGGCGCAGGUUCGAAAAAAGAAGAAGCUUCGAAUUUGAGUUUGGCUAUAUUCACUGAAGCGUGCGAUUUUCAAAAACCCACAAAAUCUCGCGAAAUCACACCGGAACAUCAGGAAAUCGUGGAGAAUUUCAAAUUUCAAAGCAAAUCCGGAAUGUUGGAGGCUAUAGCUAGGAAAAGAGUUCGAAAUCAUUAUCGAAAAUGUGAGGAAGAAAGUUCGGAUGAUGAAUUUGUGGAUGUUUUGGAGGAGGAGGUGGGAACUUCGACUGAAGUUCGAGUUGGAGACGAAAAAAAUGCGAAUGAGGUCGAAUGGGAUCCGGAGGUAAAACUUGAGAAUUCGGCAUGGAAAAAUUGAAUUUUUCGGGAAAUUUCAACUGGAGUUAGGGUAACUUAUAGUUUUUCUGUUGAACAAUUGUAAGAUAUCCUAACUUCAGAGAAUAAAAGCUCAAGAAUUCCAGGAAAAAUGUAGAAGUUGGCCUAACUUUCAAACGGAAAAAUUCAGAAUUUCAGAAGAUAGCCUAACUUGGAAGGGAAGAAUCUCAAGAGGUCCAGAAAUCCCAUAAAAAAUUGAAUUUUUCGGGAAUUUUCGAAUCUAGAAGGAGCCUGUGAGCCAAAAUUUCCAGAAAUUUCAACUGGAGUUAGGGUAACUCAUAGUUUUUGUAAGAUGAAAAAUGUGAAAACUUUCAAAAGUUCAAUAUUUCAGGCUGCAAACAGUCUCAGCCAAAAAUUCACAAAACUUCAGAAAUUCCAGAAAUGUUCGAAUGAGUUAGGCUAACUUCAGAAUUUCAGAGUCCAGAAAUCCCAAAUUCUCAAAAUUAAUUGAAAAUUUCAUUCAAGUUAGCCUAACUUCCAGAAAAAUUCAGAAUUUCAGAAGAUAGCCUAACUUGGAAGGAAAAAGAUCAGGAGGUCCUGAAAUUCCAAAUUUUCAAAAUUAAUUGAAAAUUCCAGAAUUUCCGUUUCAGAAACCGGAUCGUUUGGAAAAAUCGUGGCAAAAUUCCGAAAUUCUCGACGACGAUUGGCUCAAAAUGAACUACGAAGAUGAUGACAAAACUCCCGAAAUGUAUCGAGACUUACAGGAAUUUCUGACAAAUUGCGGAAUUCCGUGGCUCGAAGCUCCAGGCGAAGCGGAAGCACAGUGUGUUGAAUUGGAACGAUUGGGUUUGGUGGAUGUAAGUGAGAUUUACUUACUUAUGACGUGGCAAAUCAUCACCCUGUAUAUUCCAGGGUGUCAUCAGUGAUGACAGCGAUGUUUGGCCGUUUGGCGUCAAGAAUGUCUAUCGUCACAUGUUCGCCAAAAACAAACGGGUACAACGAUACUCCGCGAUUCCGCCGCCGGCAUCAAAUGACAAUAUCUAUUGCCUAGAACGUGAAGACUACAUUUCAAUCGGAAUUCUGGCGGGUGGCGAUUAUUCGAGUGGUCUGAACAAGGUUGGAGCAAUCGGAGCGCUAGAAUUGGUGGCCGAGUUUGUGGAAGUCGAUCGGAAUCUAGAUUCAGACAAUGUGGAGAAUCGGAUUUUCAAACUUCUACAAAUCAUUGAGGAGCUGUUUUUGAAUAGAUCGGUGGAUGAUUUGCCGUCGAAAUCGCGGCAGGCUUUGUUUUAUCGGCGACAUGUUGUGGAGGCGAAUGAGGCGACGAAAAUUCGACAGAUUUGUGAGAAUCGAGAGGCUGUUAGGGGUAUGUACCUUGGGGCACAGAAAAGUGGGCGGAGUCUGGGGGAAAAAUGCAAGCCUCGCAUAGUUUUUAUACGAAAAAAUGGGCGGAGCUUGCAACCUAGACUCGAAAAACGGCAAAUUUUCAACCAAAGCACAGAAAAAUGGGCGGAGCCUAGAAAAAUGCAAUCCUGGCAUAGUUUUGUUUCUAGAUAAUGUUUAGACUCAAAAAACGUCAAAUUUUCAACCAAGGCACAGAAAAAUGGGCGGAGCCUAAUCUGCAAGCCUGGCACAUUUACACUCAAAAAACGGCAAAUUUUCAACCAAGGCACCGGAAAGUGGGCGGAGUCUGGCGGAAAAAUGCAAGCCUGGCACAGUUUUAUAGAAAAAAGUGGGCGGAGCUUGCAACCUGCGGCACAGUUUUCGUUCUAGAUAAUGUUUAGACUCAAAGAACGGCAAAUUAUCAACCAAGGCACAGAAAAAUGGGCGGAGCCUAGAAAAAUGCAAGUCUGGCAUAGUUUUUAUAGGAAAAAGUGGGCGGAGCUUGCAAGAUAAUGUUUAGACUCAAAAAACGGCAAAUUUUCAACAAAGGCACAGAGAAAUGGGCGGAGCCUAGAAAAAUGCAAUCCUGGCACAGUUUUUAUAGGAAAAAGUGGGCGGAGCUUGCAAGAUAAUGUUUAGACUCAAAAAACGGCAAAUUUUCAAGCAAGGCACAGAAAAAUGGGCGGAGCCUAGAAAAAUACAAGCCUGGCAUAGUCAUAGGUGUUUUUCCCAUUAAAUUACCCUCGAGGUUAAAGACCUAUGACGAACUCGAAUCAAAAAGUUAAAGGGUUGGUGCUCCGCCAGGGAAUCUUGCUUGGUUUAGAUAGGAAUAAGGUGCUCCUGGAAGGUUCCAGUUUUAGAAAAAAUUAGAGUAUCAAUUCAGCCCAUGUUUUUCCUCAAAAACACAAGCGAGUUAAAACCUACGAAAUAAAACAUGUAAAUGCGCUCUAGCGCACAACUUGUUUUUGAAUUUUCGUGCGUGUGUUUGCACACAACACUGUGACGCCUUUUUGCAGACGAUUGUUUCACCAGGAAAGCACCAACCCUUUAAAGACCUAUUUUACACUGAAAAAAAAACCUUUUUUGCUAAAAAUUUAUUUUCCAGCAUGCUUUCCAGAAGGAAGGAAAAAUCUCUGAAUUCACUUUUUUUCAAAGAUGCGCAGAGUUUCCUCAACAAAUUCAAAACUCAAUGCGUUUUCCAUCACGUGAAAUAUAUAAACAACUCUCAUCGCCGACAACUCGCUGGUACGACCACACGCGAUCCUCCUCAUUGCACCUGGCUCCGCCCACUUUGUUUUUUCUUUUCUUUUUCUUUAUUUUCACAGAAAAUUCGAAUCAAAACCAAAACUAAUAUUCUUGUAGGCAACCAAAUGAGCUAAAAAUUUUCACAGCCCUUCUACAGGUAAUUUCGCAUAGUUUCAAUCCAGUACAUUUCAUCAUAAAGACCUCCAAAAGAUUUAGGAGACCUCAGCAGCAAAGUUUAGCGUUUCACUAAACUUUGCUGCUGAGGUCUCCUAAAUCUUUUGGAGGUCUUUAUAUUAAGCCGGUGGGUCUUCUAAACAAGCUAAAUAUCUUGAAGAAUACCUGUGAAAAUUUUCAUCUCAUUUGGUUGCCUACAACAAUAUAAGUUUUGAUUUUGAUUUGAAUUUCCUGUGAAAAACAAACGAAAAAAAAAGAAAAAAAAGUGGGCGGAGUCACUGAAAUGAGAGAGAUAGCGUGUGGCGCUACCAGCGAACUGUCGGCGAUGAGAGAUAUUGAAAUAUUUCGCGUGAUGCAGAAUGAAACACGGCGAAAUUUUUGUGGAAACCCUGCUCCUCUUUGAAAGAAGAAGUUGAUGCAGAGGUAAUUUUGAUGACUUGAGAAAUUAAUAAUAAUUUUUUCAUAAAAGUUAAGGACCUAUUUUUCAUGAAAAAUGAAAAGGUUAACGACCCUAUUUUAUACUUUUCCGGACCAAAAACAUGUAUGGGCAUAGUUUUUAUAGGAAAAAGUGGGCGGAGCUUGCAGCCUGCGGCACAAUUUUUGUUCUAGAUAAUGUUCAGACUCAAAAAACGGCAAAUUUUCAAUCAAGGCACAGAAAAAUGGGCGGAGCCUAAUUUUCUGCAAGCCUGGCACAUUUACACUCAAAAAACACCAAAUUUUCAGCCUAUCUUCAUCCAAACGUCGAUUCAUCUUCGGAAAAAUUCCGAUGGCGAAAAAUGAACAUCGAAUUGAUUCGAAACAUUAUGCAAAAACGAUUCGACGACUCGAAUUUCCUUCAAAACGAGUUGAAAAACUCAAUUUCGGCUUUUGAAAGAUGGAACACGUUUUUGGAAGGCGGAGGAAUCGCGCAAAUGCGAUUGGAUCGAUUUUUUAUGGCCGGCGGAGUUGCGGCUGGAAAACCAGCGCUUAUUUGGUCGAAAAAAGUGACUGAUGCGUUGAUGAGGAUUUCGAGAAGAUCUAGGGGUAAUUCGGGUGAAAAAUGGCCAAAUUUAGGUGAAAAAUCACUAGAAACCCACCAUUUUUGGCCAGAAAUCAUUGUUUUCUGCUUCAAAAUCACCUUUUUUCAGGAAUUCCGGAAGAAAUCAUUGUGGAAAGUGUCAAAAAGAGAAAUACCAAGAAAACCACCAAAAAACCGGUGAAAAAGAUGAAAAGAGUGGAGAAGGAAGAGGAAAAGCUGAAUUUAUCCGAAGAAAGUUCGGAUGACUCAUUUUAA